AUCAUCUUGUAGUUUUGGGAAACACGAUCUACAUUUUUCACCACAUCAUGGACCUGACGACUAAUCGAUUAAUCGAGGAAAAAAUCGACAGAUUAAUCCGUCAUGAAAACAAUCGUUAGUUGCAGGCCUACUUCAAUCCCCAAUUUAUCAGCAAACCAGAAGCCCCUCACUGUGGAGAGGUCACUGGCACUUGGGAUGUUCAGUAUUUUCCGGCCUUGACGAUAUAAGAUCCACAAAUAAAAUUCACAAAAAAGCAAUGUGUGCUGCUCAAACAUUGCUUCUAGUCUAGUUGUCUAGAGUCGUGGUGUGUUAAAUCUUCUUAGAUCGUUCAACAAGUCGUUCAAUGAAUUUUCACCUCGGUCACCUCGCACUCGCAGCUCUCCAUGGGUCGGAAACCGCGCUGGUAAAUCCCACAGAGAACCGUGGCAUGCAUUCUCAGGAAGUUCGCCCCCUCGAGAAUUCCCACGAAACGAAUCGCAUGCCAUUGCUUCAAUUGCCCCCAAGACAAAUGUCAGGUGCGGUCCUGCUCCAGCCCCCCCCGGGCGUGACUCCACCCGAGCUGCGCAUCCUGUCUCCAAGACUGCGAGCGCGCGAUGUCAGUGCAGACAGCGGGCGUUGCUGUGGUCGAACAGUCGCACCAUGUCCGCAGAGAAGAGAGCAGCGGCCGUGGUCGCGUUGGCGGCGGGCGCGGCGCUCGUCACAACGCCGCUGGACUCGGGCGUCGGCGCGCUCCCGCUGUGGAGCGCAGCGGGGCCGCGCGCCGCCGCCGCGUGCGCCCUGGCCGCGCUGGCCGUCGUGGCCGCGUGGCGUCUGUGCCGGCUGCUCUUCGGCCCGCUGGUGAUACUGCGGACCGCCGACGACGUGGGAUACGUCGCCGAGAGCGGUCGCUCCAAGGCGCAGGCGGCAAACGAGGCGCGGCGCAGGAGGAGGACCGGAGACCUGCCCCCAGUCUAUCCGAACGGCUGGUACAAAGUGCUGGACUCGUGCGCGCUGAGGAGGGGCGACGUCAAGAACGUCACUGUUCUAGGUGAGCAGGUGGCAGUGUUUCGCGGCGAGGAUGGGGAGGCCCACGUGCUGGACGCCUACUGCGCUCACCUGGGUGCCAACCUGGCUGUGGGAGGACAGGUGAAGGGAAACUGCCUCGAGUGCCCAUUUCAUGGAUGGCAGUACAGUGGGAGUGAUGGCAAGUGUGUGAAGAUCCCCUAUGCGGAGAAAGUGCCAGAGUUCGCGAAGGUCCGCCACUGGCACAGCUGCGAGGUCAACAAGCAGAUCCUGGUUUGGUUUCACUGCGAUGGAGAAGAUCCUCAGUGGGCCGUCCCAGAGAUUCAGCAGAUCACAAAGGGAGAGUGGGUCUAUCGGGGGAGAAGUGAGCACUUCAUCAACGCUCACAUACAGGAGAUUCCUGAAAAUGCAGGAGACUUUGCUCACCUCAGUCACCUGCACAAGCCGGGCAUCAUCAGUGGCACAGAUCUGCGCUACAUCCACAACAAGAUCUUGAAAUUUUUCCAACACGACUGGAAGCUUCAAUGGGAGCCUGAGUCAAAGCCCAACCAGCACUGUUCUACGUUGUCCCUGAAGCACUGUUUCAUUCUGUUUGGACGCCACGUCCCUCAGUUGGAUUUAGAUUUUGUGGCCACACAGAUGGGUCCAGGUGUGGUGUUUCUGCAGUGUCACCUCGGAUUAUUGGGCCGGGGUGCAAUCAUACAGUGUGUAACUCCAGUCGAGCCUCUGCUGCAGCACGUCACCCACACCAUCUUUUACCAGUCCAAUAUGCUACCGCUGAUUCCCAAAUUCAUCCUCAAAGCCGAAACCAUUCAGUUUGAGCGAGAUGUGAUGAUCUGGAACAAUAAGAAGUACGUCUCCAAGCCCCUUAUCGUGAAGGAGGACGCAGCCAUCCAGAAGCACAGGCGCUGGUUCAGUCAGUUCUACAGCGAGAACAGCCCGAGGAUGCAAUACCAGCGUGACAAUUUGGACUUUUGACCUCUCUGGACUACAGGAGGAGCGAGGAUGUCAGGGUUGACCUCAACUACAUACUGUAUCUCGAGGCAUGUACAUUUUACAGAUUCUGUAUGGUUUGAUGAAUGAUGCAUGAAUGAUGCAUGAAUUCUAAUUAUAUAUGCAAAUUCCCUUUUAACCCUCGACAUUUUUCCAUAUUUUUGGUCCGCUUAAUAAUUCUUGUAAAACCUCAACCCUGUAAUGUAAAGUCAAGUUAUAUCCAUCUUGUUUUUUUCAGGACAACAUAUAUAUGAAUAUGUAUGCUACAGUGAUAUCACAUUAAUGCAUAGUGGGCUUGUUUGAGUGAAUAUAGCCUUUGAUCCUCCAGCCUGAAGUGCCUGAACUGAGACUGAGUGGGUGAUUUCCACACAUACAUAUGACAUUUUGAUAAACCAGUCAAGUUAUCAAUACUGAGAACAACAGAAUUGCUGUGUUAUGAUGCUGACAAAAAAUACAUAUUAAAACCCAGUGGACACUUCAAAAUAUAUACCCGUGGUGUACCUUAAAUACCAUCUGUAAAUCAGCAGUUCCAUGUUAAUAUAAAUAUAAACCACGUGCUCCUA